UGAUAACUAGAAUUGAGUAUUCUUACUUUUUUUUCCCUUUCACCUCUCUCUAUAUAAAUUACAUUUUAACUUGUGAGUUACAUUUUAUUUUUAUUUAUAGGUAAGAAAAGAGAUGAAGAAGGAAUUGUUGAGUUCUUUUUGGAAUAAAAGUAAUAAUAUUAUAUCAAUUGUGGGAGCAAAAUGGAAAUAUUUGAAGAGAGUUACAACAACAACUUAUGUGACAAUGUUGCUAUUCUUAUUUCUCACCAUCACAGUUUCAUCCUUGUCCUUUCUUGGAUGGAUUGAUUUUGCAAAAUACUCCGUACAUUUAAAAAAGAAAGCGGAGAUCAUGGUCCCUAAUCUCGUUUUUAUGGAGCCUUAUAAAAAAGUAGAAAAUCAAUCUAUGAAACCUCAUAUUCUUGAAUAUCCAUUGGAUUGUAAUGCAUGGAACAAAACUAAUACAUGUCCAUCAACUUAUCCAAAGUCCUAUAAACCCUUAAACCCUAACAACUCAACAUGUCCUGAAUAUUUUAGAUGGAUUUAUGAAGAUUUAAGGCAUUGGAAGAACACCGGAAUUACUCGAGAAAUGCUCGAAAAAUCGAAAAAAUAUGCACAUUUUAGGUUAAUAAUUUUGGACGGAAAGAUUUAUAUCGAACGUUACGUGAAAUACUCGAUAGAAACUAGACAUUUGUUCACGAUGUAUGGUAUUGUACAACUCAUCCCGGAAAAUUGCCUAAUUUGGAGAUCAUGUUUGACACCGAUGACCGGCCGGUUAUCCCGGAGAGGAAAUUCCGGCGACCUGAUUCCGGUCCACCGCCAUUGUUCCGGUACUGUUCAGAUUGGCAGAGCUUGGAUAUUGUUUUCCCAGAUUGGUCAUUUUGGGGCUGGGGAGAGACAAAUAUAAGGCCAUGGAGAAGUAUGUUAAAGAAUAUAAAAGAAGGGAAUAAGAGAAGUAAAUGGAAAGAUAGGAUACCCUUUGCUUAUUGGAGGGGAAAUCCACUUGUUUCUCAUGUUAGAAAAGACCUUACCAAGUGUAAUGUUACUGACAAACAAAAUUGGGAUACUCUAUUAUAUACUCAGGUAUAUUUCCUUGACUUUCUAGAUCAUA